CGAUGACGGACCUCAGCAGUAUAUCAGUUGUUCAAGAAGCAAGGUCACACAUCUCUACAGGAAUGCGGCAAACCUGGAAUGUCAGAUCUACACGUGGAAGAGCAAGAAGUCACCGACUACCCCGAGGGCGGACUCGAGGCAUGGCUCGUCGUACUGGGUGCUUGGUGCGCCAUGAUCCCCUCCAUGGGCCUUCUCAACACACUUGGAACGCUUCAUGCAUGGACUGGCACCCACCAACUGCAAGACUAUUCGGAGUCUAGCAUCGGAUGGAUCUACGGCGCCUAUGCGUUUUUCCUCUACUUUUUCGGAGCGCAAGCCGGACCGAUCUUUGACUGCUACGGCCCUGCCUACGUGGUGAUUCCUGGAUCAGUUGGCAUGGUCGCAUCGAUUCUAUUCUUUAGUUUCAGCACUGAAUACUACCAAAUCUUCCUCUCGUUCAGCGUCCUGGGCGGCCUUUCAGCAUGCACCCUCUUCAACCCGGCAAUCGCUGUAAUCGGCCACUGGUUUAAUCGACGGCGCGGCCUCGCGACCGGCGUGGCAUGCACUGCAGGAGGUCUGGGAGGUGUGGUCUUCCCACUCAUUGUCAUGUUCGCCGGGCCCAAGAUCGGCUUCGGCUGGGCAAUCCGCAUCAUCGCCCUCUUCUCAGCUGUCUUGCUCGCCGCUGCCUGCUUCCUCCUCCGCACGCGACUUCCACGGCCCAAGGGCAAAUCCGCUGCCGUCGACUUCAGAGCGUUGCGCGAUGUCAAGUAUGCGACGACGACUGCAGCCAUCUUCCUGGUUGAAUUCGCAGUUUUUAUCCCGAUCACUUACAUCUCUAGUUAUGCGCUGCAUGUCGGGAUGGACAGGACCCUUGCGUAUGCCCUUAUCCCGAUGCUGAAUGCGGGCGCGGUCCCCGGCCGGUUUCUCCCGGGUCUCGUUGCGGACAAAGUCGGGCGGUUCAAUGUGAUGAUUGUGACUUCGCUGGUUUGCUCGAUCCUAACGCUUGCUCUUUGGCUGCCGAUCAAGGACAAUACGGCGGGGGUUAUUUGUUAUGCGAUAUUAUUUGGUUUCGCGAGUGGUGCUGCGAUCAGCCUCACCCCGGUGUGCAUCUCGCAGGUGUGCAGAGUGGAAGAGUACGGCCGGCGGAACGGAACGACGUUUACUUUUGCGAGUGUCGGGACGCUGACGGGGAUUCCCAUUGCGGGGGCCAUUCUCCAGGCCAAUGGAGGGGCGUACGAUGGGCUGAUCGGGUUUGGAGGGGGGCUGUACUUUGCGGCGACGGUUGCGUUUGUGGUGGCGAGGGUCGUUUGUGCGGGCUGGAAGUGGUCGACUGUCUUUUGAGCUGGUAGCGGUGGAUAGAUAGAGAUAUAUGGCGCCUUAUCUCUGGAUAAUUUGUCGAUAGAUAGACACCCUUUCGUCCUUGGGACAUGAUAGACGGAAAAAUCAACCUAUGCGCAGCACUCAUUUGCCUCCAAAUAUGCGAGAUAACCCCGCCAAAUAAGAAACACGGGGUAUUCUGGCCAAGCAGCACCAGGGUG